AUGCCCCCCGUAGGCCCCCGAGCAUCCAAAGAAGAAUUCAUGCAAGCGCUGGGCCUCAACUCCCACGACCCGCACCAUGAGCAAUUCUACCGCGCCAUGAGAGACGACGCAAUCAGAGUAUAUAGCCGCCUAAACGAAGACACCUCCAACCUUCUCGACAGCGUAGCCAACGACCCCGCCACGCGUCCGCCCUUCUUCUGGCACCACAUCCGCCCCGAGCGCCAGCGUCUCGCCAUCCGCGACAUCGCCGAGAAUGCGAGCCCGCUCACGAAACCGCUCUUUGCGAGGGGCGACACCUCGGGCGAGUAUGGGCCGAAUUGGGUGGCGGGUUGGUUGCUGUAUAGACAAGGAAGAUCGAAUCAGCCGAGACAGGCUGAUGAGGGCCCCGCGACGAGGUAUUAUGAUCCUGUGAGGAAUGGGUAG